AAAAACUUGGAAGUUUUAUUCUUCGAUGUUUGCAAAUGUUGUAUACAUGUAUUCCCUUUAAGACAUUUUCUAAAUUAUUCACACAAAUGGAUUGCCAUAUGAAUUGCCAAAACGGCAGUGCAAGCGGCAGUACCAAAUAAUUAUCUAUCACUGCACACGAAGGAAAAACAGUUAUUAUCAUAUACGACCGUAGGAAAACACAUUGAUGGUGAAUAUGACCAUCCCUUCUUUAGAUGUAUUGACGACCGGGCAUUGUGUUUACAAAGGUCUCAGCUCUUGACGUACGUACAGCUUAAGAGCAAACUAACCAUGAUAAUACGUCAGGCAGGGAUGCUUACAAAUCUCAUUAGCGUUAGCAUUACUCUCCUACUAGGUAAUGAUUACUAUGUGGAUGCUAUAAAAAUGUAAACCCACCUUUUGCAAUCGAUCGUAUACGAUAGAGUGAGUUGAAUUGAACCAUGACGUGGAAUUGAAUAGGUUUUUUUUUUUAAAGUGAAUUGAGAAGGAACAGGAAAGUGUCCUCAAUCAAAAUGAAGACAGUACAAGCUUGUCUUUUAGGACUGGCAUUGUUCUAAAAGUAUUCAUGUCAUCCAAGCGUGCAAUCCGCGCUUAAGAAACAGCGCAUACACUGCAGUCGAGUGCAGAUUAUGCCUACGAUUGUGGACGGUGUUCCUAUAGGUGAACACUACUCGAUCGUUUUAUUCGAGUCUCCGUUCUUCUGAAGAAUGUGAGCAAAUGUCGUUAACAGUCAGUAAGGGGCCAAAGGGAAAGUAAAAAUGGAGGAAUCGGGGAAUUUCAGUGGGCAGACUUAUACUAGCGGCAAUUCAGAGUUAUCUACUGGAGAGAAGAUCACUUGUAUUGGACUGAAUGUGAUACUGAUGGUUUUGAUAGUCGUGGGGAAUGGCCUACUCCUGUUUGCAAUAAUUAAGGCCAAAGAGUUGAAGAGAAGCAGCCGCAUCUUUCUGGUUUCGCUGACUGUGGCCGACCUUUUCGUCGGUCUUGUUGUCAUCCCAGUGCGGGUGGUACCGCAGAUCAUUGGCAUCUCAAUCGGCAGCACCUGGUUCCUAUCUGACCGGUUCUGCGAGACGUUAUACUUUCUAGAAAUCUUCGCCAUUGGAGCUUCAGUUCUAGCAAUAUUGGCCCUGAGCAUUGAGAGGUAUCUGGCCGUGGAGAUGCCGCUGAGGUUCCGCUCCAUGCUGACUUCUUGUCGAGCGUUCACCGUGGUUGCUUGCUCCUGGCUCGCAAGCCUCUGCACGGCGUCCAUCUUCGUCAUCCUGUCGGUGGUCAACGAGGAUAGAUUUUUUUUAGUUUUUGACGGAUCUUCGUCGCUGUGUGUCAUCAAAGGCCUGAACUGGUUGACCCGUUUCAUGUUUUUUAACUUCAUCAUUGUAUUUUUACUCAUACCGUUUUGCGUCACUUUUCUCGCUUCGAUUCGCAUUCUGCAUAUCGUGAAGAAUCACACCGGGUUUCAGAAACAGGCUCCCAACCCGUCCGACUGCAAUUCCGCGUGCAGACAGACCUCAUCGGCGAGCGGAGCCAAACGGUUACCGCAGGCCCAACGGACUGGUAAUGGAGUUUGCCGUGGACUCUGCAAGCGUUUCCUUGACAAUAAGAAAGCCUUGGUCACCGUUCUCAUUGUCACGCUUUCCUAUUCAGCCUCCAGUGUACCCUUUGUCGUUUGUGUGUUGUACAUGGAGUUUUCUCCCUACAGUGUUGACCAAUUCCUUGUUGAACUAGCCAAGUUGUCAUUGUUUACCAGCUGUUUCAUCAAUGUCAUCGUUUACACAAUACGAAACAGGGCGUUCAGGGGGUCGGCCAAGCGUCUACUUUUCCGACUGUUCCCUGUCAGAUUGCGUUGUAACACUGUUAGACGGCACCCAGUCAGAUCGCAAGCCGACAACCUGAGCUGAAUGUCAGUGCCUUUACCCAAGAUACGUACUUGUAAUUCACAACAGCAUUUCUUUGCAUUGUACAGCCAAGAGACACUUGGGAGUAGUGAGCACUGACUUAAUGAUUUUCGAAACUAGGAGCUAUGGAACUCAGUUGUGUGUUGGCUACACUCGCUGCAUUACGAAAUUUUCUGAAAUUACAUGUAAUUUAGCCCCAAAACGUGAGCUACCGUUGGUCGAAACUCCCCAUUGCGUUUGAACAAAUACGUUCAGAAGGUUGUUACAGAACCCGAAUAUCGUGGCGUCGCUGAUGUCAUACCAGGAUAAUUCACCAGUGGAGCAGGACUAUGGGCAGGGGGCAGAGAAUUCAAUACAGCCAUGCAGUCGACCCAUGACCAGGAAAGUAGUCAGAGACUUAGUAUCGCUGGAGCGAUUUUGGGAUGGGGGGGGGGGGGGCAGACAAAGUGCCUUGCGACGAUGAACAAUCUGUCGGGUCCUUCAUACAAGACAAAUGAUACUGCCAAAGGCACAUCAACCGUCACAUAAUCAAUGGCGUAGCUCGGAUUUUAUUUUCAGUUUCAGCCCCAUAAU